AUGGCGGCCUCCGCUUUCAGGGAGGCGGCUCAGCGCUGUGUCACCUUUGAGGAUGUGGCCAUCUACUUCUCCCAGGAGGAGUGGGCGCUCCUUGAUGAAGCUCAGAAGCUGCUGUACAGUGAUGUGAUGCUGGAGAACUUUGCAAUCAUAGCAUCAUUGGGACAUUGGCAUGAAGAGGAAGAGAAGGAGGCAUCUUCUGAACAGAGUGUUUCUGUAGAAGGGUUGUCACAGGUCAGGAUUCCACAGAUCGAUCCAUCCACCCAGAAGACUCACCCCUGGGAGAUGUGUGUCCCUGUCUUUAAAGACAUUGUGGCUGAGGUUGGAAAGGACCAUCUGGACCUGUCGUUCCCUUUCCAGCACCAACUGACUCCCAACAGUGAGAAAGCAGAGAGCAGCACCAAGUGUGGUGAAACUUUUCUCAGUGGAAAAAGUCAUUACAAGAGGGGAGAAUAUGGGAAAGCUUUGAACCACGAACACACACUCUUUCACCAUCAGAGCAUCUUCACUGGAGAAGGGCUUUGUGAGGGUAGCAAUUAUGGGAAACCCUUCAGCUGCAACUACACACGUAUUCAGCGUCAGCGAAUGCGCAAUGGGGGAAGGGUGUAUCAAUGUGGUGAAUGUGGGAAAACCUUUACCCACCACUCCUCUGUGAGUCGACACCAGCGAAUUCAUACUGGAGAAAGGCCGUAUGUAUGUAGUGAAUGUGGGAAAACCUUCACUCACCACUCUUCCCUUAGUAGACACCAGAGGAUUCACACUGGUGGAAAGACUUAUGAAUGCAGCGAAUGUGGGAAAUCCUUCAUCCGAAGCUGCAGCCUCAUCCAACACCAGAGACUUCACACAGGAGCAAAGCCCUAUGAGUGUGGGGUAUGUAGGAAAACAUUUAGUGAAAACUCCACUCUCAUUCAACACCGCAGAGUUCACACUGGAGAAAGACCUUAUGAGUGCAGCGAAUGUGGCAAAUUCUUUAGCCGUAGUUCUACUCUAAGUCAGCACCGUAGAUCUCAUACUGGAGACAGGCCUUAUAAGUGCAGUGAGUGUGAAAAAUCUUUUCGCCAAAGAUCUGGGCUCAUUCAACACCAGAGGAGUCACAUAGGCUCAAAACCUUAUGUGUGUGACGAAUGUGGGAAACCCUUCAGUCAGAGCUCUGGCCUCAUUCAACACCGGAGAGUCCACACAGGAGAAAAGCCUUAUGAGUGUGGCAAAUGUGGAAAAUUCUUCAGACAAAGUUCUGCCCUCCGUCAGCACCAGACAGUUCACACUGGAGAAAGGCCUUAUGAGUGUGGUGAAUGUGGGAAAUGCUUUAGCCACAACUCUGGACUUAAUAAACAUUGGAGAACUCACACUGGAGUAAACCUGUAUAUAUGUGGCGAGUGUGGGAAAUCCUUUAGCCAUAUCUCCAUCCUUACUCAACAUGAGAAAGUUCACAAUGGGAAAAGGCCUUGUGAAUGCAGCGAAUGUGGGAAAUCCAUUAGCCAAAACUCCACCCUUAUUCAACACCAGGGAGUUCAAGGAGCAAGGCCAUAUGAGUAUGGUGGAGGUGGGAAAUCCUUUAGCCAAAAUUCCAGCCUCAUUCAAUACUGA